AUGAGAUUAGUCGAAUUCGGAGUUUUUCCAACCGAAGCCGAAAUGGUUAUGUGGCAAGCCAACUGCGACACGAUAACUCAACAAUUGGAACUUCGAUUUGGAAAAUCUGCUGAUAACUUGGUGAAAGAUGAAGUAUUGAUUGAAAUUUUGAACACAAUUGUGGAAAGAAUGCCAAGAGAAUCGGAUAUAUUUAGAACAGCUGCAAUUAAAUCGAAUCAAUCAUUUAUCAAUACGAAAACGACGAUUUUGAAUGCAACUCUGAAAAUUUGUCAAAGUUUGACAAAAUCAUUGUGGAAAAAUCUGGGAUAUUUCGAAAAACCAUUUUUCUUGGAAAUCAUCACUUUAUAUCCUGAUAAUGAGAAAGAAAUUGGACAAGUUUUCGAGAAGUUUCUCAAUCGCCAAUUGAUUUCAAAAGAAGAUGUUGUGAAAUAUCUCGAUGUUUCUGCAAAACAAUGUUUGGAAGAUUUGAUUGAAUAUGGAAAAGAAUUGAAACAAUCUUAUGAGAAAAAUAGAACAAAUAAUACUUCUUUGAAUAUUAUUGAAUAUUUGGUAACUGUUGGAAGUAUAAUUAUCGAUUUCAAAAAGAUUUCGGAAUUUGCCGAAAAACAAAAAAUUGAAGUCGAAAAUAAUUGGAAUCGAAGGUAAUAAAAUUAAUGAAAGUUUUAAUUGAAAAUUGAAAAUUUUUCAGAAUUCCAAGUCUUUUUGAAUCAAUUUAUUCAAUUUUCGAUUAUCCAACACUAUUCGAAGUUGCCUCAAAUAUCGAUGGUUUUCCUCUUCGAAAAGUAUUUGAAGCUAAAUCUUUCACACUUCAGAAACUUGUUGAAUGUUUCGAUCAAAAAAUCCCGCAAAAUUCAAUAAUGUAUGUUGAUUUGUCUUAUUUUCUAAAUAGAAAUGUGUUUUAUUUCAGUUUCACUGCUUACUCGAAUAUAAUCGAUCAAAAACCUAUUGAAAAUGAGAAAGUAUUAUUUGAAAUCCGAGAGAAAACAGUCGAUCGAUUGAGAAAAUGUGGAUAUUUUGAAAAUCUCGGAAUUUCUGAUGAUUCUGAAAUACAAAAUCAAAUCAGUUAUGUUUCUGAAAUGUUUCCACAUUUGUCUCCACAUUUCAUACAUGUAAGUUCAAUUUUUCACGAUUUUGAUAAUAUUUUUUAUUUGAAAAUGUUUUAGCUUGUUCUUCGCCAUUUUUCAUUCAAUGCUGAAUUGACAGUUUCUAAUUUAUUGACUGGCGAAUCAAUUCCUUUGGAAUUCAAAUUUAUUGAAUCAAAUAUUGAUUGGAAUCCAUCAACUUCUUCUGAUUGGCCUCCUCUUGAUUUCACAGCAUCGGAUGAAAUAGAAAGAGCACUUUAUGAUGAAAGAAAACGAAAAGAAUCUGAAGCUAUCAUUGCAGCAAAUAAAAAACCGGGUCUAUUUUCACUUGCACACGGUUCAACAAAUGAAAAUGUAAUUGUUGAACCAGUAUCUGAAAUGUCUGAAAUGCGACGAAAAGCUCAAGAAUAUAAAGCAAAUGUCUUCUCAAAACUCAACAAAAUUCGAGAACCACAAACUGCACCAGAUGGUGAAGUUUUGGUGCCAAUGGAAUCAUCAAAAGUUUAUUCGGCGUUGAAUAAUUUGAAAAUGACAACACCUGAAAUGGUUGCAAUUCGACCAACUUAUGAUAAAUAUAAAUAUGAAAUACCAAAUGAAAAUGGAAUGUAUGAUGAUGAAUAUGAUGAUGAAUUUGAAGAACGAGUAUUUAAUAUUGAGAGACUUAAGUUAGAAAUUUUUAAUCAUUUAUUUUUUAAAUUUAUAAAAUAUGUUUUUUUUCAGCGAAGAACUUGAAUCUUCAUCUGAGGAGGAAGAAAUUGAAGAAAUAAAAAUAGAAUCGAAACCAGCUGGAAAAGGAAAUAAUCGAGGAAAUGGAAAUACACAAAACCGUAAUCAAAGUCAGCCACAAUCACAAGGACCAUCAAAACUUUCAAAUGGUCCCCCACCCGGUCUUUCAACUUCUUCUCGUGGUGGAAAAGUCGGAAAUUCUGAUGGUGGAUAUACUGGAGGAAGAAAUCGACAAUUGAAAGAAAGACAUAAGGCCGAUAAUAAACAACGUGGAGCUGAUAGAAAAAAUAGAGCAGCUGGAUUAUAA